GUUGUUCGAUAUUCACCCCUCAGCCCCGGUAGGGCCGCGAUGCGCGAGCGCGAUUCCUGGGGGUACCGAAGUCUGAAUUAAAGGCGCUGGGAAACGUCAGCGCCCGCUGUGAUAGCGAUAAUAACGUGACGGAGCGGCGGCAGAGGAGGAAUUACCGCCGGGCGCUAACGGAGGAGCAAACGAGUCGGAAGCCGUUAUAUAAUGCGCCGUUCGGCGCGGGGAGCCACGGCUGUUUGGGUGCCGUUGGCUGCACAGCAGGCGCUCCGCGGGCAGCCGUGCCGAGCCGGGCGGGGGGAUACGCCGAGCCCCUCCGUUCGCGGGGCAAAGCGCGUCCGUGCAGCGGCACGCUGAGGGCUUUUAAUUUCGCUUUCGAGCCCUUCCGCCACGGGAUCGCCGCGCCGCGCCUCCGGCCCUUCCCCCGCGCGGUCCCGGGCUCUUCUCGCAGCCCCUCGUCGCCGGAACCCGCCCGGCCCGGCUCCGCCGAGCGAUGUGAGCGCGCUGCCAUGGCAACGGACGGCCCCGGCCGCUCAGGUGUGCGCGCGCCGUGCGCCCGGCCGCCCCCGUGCCGCGUGCGGACUGCGGGAGGAAGGGGCGGCGGUGCUCGGGGGGCUGCGGGCUCGCGAAAACUUCGCCGCUGCUCCCCUCUCCCCGCCCGGCCGCCGUAGGCCGCGGGGCCGUCCCGCGCCGAGCCGUGACAUUACCGGUGGGAAUGCCCGGUGCUGCGUGACUGAGCAAGGAGCUGUGUGCUGGGGGACGGCUGGCUUCCUGCUCCCUCGGUUAAAAAAAAAAAAAACCGAGGUGCGUACGAUAUAAAGAAUUUCUUAUCGGCAAACAACUCGUUGCUGGUAUUCCGAUUUAUUUUAUUUCGCAUUGGUGCUCGUUGAAAUACAGCAGAGUAAUAGAGUGGGAAACUUUCCGCCUCAGACAGCGUAACGCCGUGACAGAGCAGGCAGUGCAGCUCCGCGCUGCGUGCCGCCCUCCGGGAGCGCUGAACUGAAGAUCUCAUGCCGGCCUUCCCCCCCGCUGCCUGCACACAGGCGCCCAAUCUGGUGCUCGAUCCUAAUGCCGUGGGCCUGGAGCGGCUCCAGGGGCUGCUUGUGAGCCGCGCACACGGUGUGUAUCUGGGGUAGCUCCGCUUGUUGGACCGCGGCCAGGCACAGAGCAGAGUAGCAGAGCUCAGGCGCUGAUCCGCUGCCUGAGCCAUCGUUUUCCCAAUAUCUUUCUACGGCAAAAAGCACCGUGGGAGUUUUGCCCCCUGGAGGAGCCGCGUUAGCCACGUGCAAGAGCGGUGAAUGACUCCCAUUGCUAACCGCACGUGCAUCCACGCUGCUACAGAGCGCAGCCCGGAGCGUUGCACAUCUCGGUGGGGAGAAGUUGCCGGCGCCAUGCAGCACCGGAGCUCUCAGGCAGCCCGUGGGCUGUGCUGACCGGCCCUCUGUGCCCGGGGCUCGAUCCUAAUGCCUGCCUUUGGUGGGAACGGCCUUCCUCUGCGUGCCGAGGGGGCUGGAAGGAGGGCAGCCCGUGGAGAGGAGUGGUAGCAGAAGGUGAGCGCUCACAGCACGGCUGCUGUGGAGCUGCCACUGCGUGCCCGGUGUUGCUGGUGACGUGCUCCAUGGAGAGGCAGUUCACCGAGUGACAGAGCACAGCAAAACAGUUACUUCGAAAAGGCCGUUUGUGUGUAGUUAAGAGACUUCCUGCAAGUACAAGACGCAGCUCUUCUCCCUGGCCUGGUCUGAUUUACUUAGAGAGGCUGAAGGAACUGGUCUUGUUUUAAGAGACAUUUACAAGAGGCCUGGAAUUUCACUUCACCAACAUUUUUAUGUAAUAGAUCCAGUGGCCUAGUUUCAUCUUAAUUAAGAAAAUAGACGUUAAAUGUGCUCACCUGAAAAGCAACUGCUGAUUUAAACAUUAGGCUGUGAAAGUAAUGGUCUCAAUGCCAUGCCUAGCAGAGCAAAACGAAGGCUUGGUUCUCCCCGUGCUGAAGUUCAGCAGCACGUCUGAGUAGAGGGCAGCGAGGACUGUCGUUGUCAUUGCUGGUGCGGCGCUGGCUUUUGUUGUGGUGUGCUAAUUGAGGGGAAACGCGAUGAAGAACUGCAGCGGGGCUUAAAGCAAACGCGUGUCAGAAUGGCGAGGGGCUGCGGCGCUGGCUGGGUGCAGGGCUGUGCGGCAGGGCUGCCUGGUGGGCACACUAGGCUGGGUGGGGACUGCACAGGUACGGUGUGGGCGCUCUGCACGGCUCGGGUGGCAGAUGGAGCUGUAGGUCUCCUCGGAGGUACGGUACCGACUGCUGUAACAAAUACCAACACAAUUAGCUGAAGAGGCAGCAGUCUGACAGGCUUGGCACAGGUAAAUGCUGCAGUUUGCUGAAACGACGUGCUGUAUUCCAGUGAGUACUCUGUAGGAAGUUGUAUGCUUAGCCUGAGCUUGCAAGCCAGAAAUCCUGAUCUCAUUCGGUUUUACUCGGUCAGAGGCACAGCAUUUUGGAAUCUGAUGUCAUACGUGCAUCUUGUUCGGUGGUUUGCAUUUUUUAUGAGCUGAAGUUUUUUUACACGGUUUUGGCUUAGCUGAUUGGUGAUGGAUGCUUCUAAAUGGAAGAAACUUUGCAGUCUCCUAACUUUUGUGGAAAGGCAGAAACUGGAUCUAUGGCUGUAAUUCCUUUUUGAUCCCCCUGCAAACACUGAGAGGUCACGCCGCAGGCCGAGCCAGACGGGCGAGCAAUACAAGCUGUGAAUUUAUUGUUGACUCCUGCAGGACAGUGACCACCUUCACCGUCAUCUUUGCCGUACAGAGAUGCGCUGUCAGUAAGAUCCUGGAGCCCAGGAAAGAGUUUUAAUGCGAAGCAUCAGAAAAAAACCGCUGCAGCAUCUCAUGUGAGAGAGGGGAGAGAAGAAAGGAGGCUUGCGCAGUAACAUCUCGAAACACUCAGAUGGUUUGAGCUCUAUCUCACCUUAUUUGAAAGAGGAGAGCUAUUGAGGACCUGUGAGCAAUCCAACAGCUUCUGAAAAAUCUUCAUGCUAAAGGAUAAUCCUGAGUUCCCUGGAGAAGAACAUAGUGAAUGUUAAUCCAGAGGAGCCGUUGGAGAAUCGUGCUCACGGGGAGAUGAUUCCUCAUGAAGUCACUGGAUCCCUUGCAGAAAUCAAAUGUGACUUUCCAUUUAUCAGACUGAAAUCAGAGCCAGCCAGACAGUGAAGCAAGCACAGUGGAGGGGGGACGGCGAAAGAUGAAAUCCAACCAAGAGCGGAGCAAUGAAUGCCUGCCGCCCAAGAAGCGAGAGAUCCCCGCCACCAGCCUGCCUUCGGAGGUGAAGCCGGUCCUGCCGAAUGACAACCACCGCACGGACAACCUAGCAUGGCUCCCCGGCAGUCAGAGCAGCCUCGGGGGCAGGCACAGGCCCGGGGGAACGUCGGCGGAGGUGGGCUUGCAGCAGGGCCUGCACAAGCCGCCGCCGGCGGGGCUGGACUAUUCCCCACCGAGCGCGCCCAGGUCGGUGCCGGCCCCCACCACGCUCCCCACCGUGUACUCGUCCGCACUCUCCCAGUCCGGGACCCCCGUCUCCCCUGUGCAGUACACACACCUGCAGCACACGUUCCAGUUUGUCGGGCCCCAGUACAGCGGACCAUAUGCAGGGUUCAUCCCCUCGCAGCUGAUCUCUCCGACCGCCAAUUCGGCAACCGGCGCCGUGGCGGCGGCCACAGCUGUCGCGACCACUCCAUCCCAGCGCUCCCAGCUGGAGGCUUAUUCCACGUUGCUGGCCAGCAUGAGCGGCUUAAGCCAGCAGGGGCACAAAGUCGAGCCGCACCUGGUUAGAACGCCUGGACUGAUCGCUGCAGGGUCUCCUCCACCUGCCCAGCAGAACCAGUACGUCCACAUCUCCAGCUCUCCCCAGAGCGCGGUCAGAAACGUCUCUCCUCCAACCAUCCCGGUCCCCCUGCAUCCCCACCAGACGGUGAUCCCCCACACACUCACCCUUGGCCCCUCCUCCCAGGUUGUGGUGCAGUACAGUGAUGCCUCGCACUUUGUCACAAGGGAUGCCCCCAAGAAGCCCGAGAGCGGCCGGCUGCAGGCCAUGCAGGCCAAGGAGGUGCUGAACGGCGAGAUAGAGAAGAGCCGGAGGUACGGCAUUUCGCCCUCUGCCGACAUGGGUCUGGUCAAAGCAGGCAAUAAACCAGCUCCCCACCAUUACGAGACCAGGCACGUGGUGGUGCACUCGGGCCCUGCCGACUACGGUGCCCGGGAGUCCUCAGGGGUCCGAGCCUCCGUCAUGGUGGUCCCCAACAGCAGCACGCCAACCGCGGACUUGGAGGUGCAGCAGGCCACCAACCGAGAGAACUCUCCCUCAGCCCUCAACGACAAGGGAAGCUUGCACUUAGGAAAGCCAACCCACCGCUCUUAUGCUUUGUCCCCGCAGCAGGCCCUGGGCCACGAGGGGGUGAAGGCCGUGGCCACGCUGUCCCCCCACACCGUCAUCCAGACGACCCACAGCGCCUCCGAGCAGCUCCCGGUGGGGCUGCCGGCCACAGCCUUCUAUGCCGGGACCCAGCCGCCGGUGAUCGGCUACCUGAGCAGCCAGCAGCAAGCGCUGGGGUACCCUGGGGGGCUGCCCCAGCACCUGGUGAUCCCUGGCACGCAGCCCCUGCUCAUACCGGUCGGCAGCGCCGACGUCGAGCCGUCGGGCGUCGCGCCGGCCAUUGUCACCUCGUCUCCCCAGUUCGCAGCAGUGCCUCACACGUUUGUCACCACCGCUGUCCCCAAGAGCGAGGCUUUCAGCGCCGAGCCCCACACCACCCAGCCCGCCUACCAGGCCACCAUGGUGCAGGCGCAGAUCCACCUCCCCGUGGUGCAGUCCAUCGCGUCCCCCGCUGCGGCCCCCCCCACGCUGCCCCCUUACUUCAUGAAGGGGUCAAUCAUCCAGCUGGCCAACGGGGAGCUGAAGAAAGUAGAGGACUUAAAAACAGAAGACUUCAUACAGAGCGCGGAAAUUAGCAAUGACCUGAAAAUAGACUCCAGCACUGUGGAGAGGAUCGAAGAGAGCCAUAACCCAGGCAUUGCUGUGAUACAGUUUGCGGUUGGAGAGCAUCGAGCACAGGUCAGCGUGGAGGUCUUGGUAGAAUACCCUUUUUUUGUAUUUGGACAAGGCUGGUCAUCCUGCUGCCCCGAGAGAACCAGCCAGCUCUUUGAUUUGCCAUGCUCCAAACUCUCAGUGGGGGACGUCUGCAUAUCGCUUACGCUCAAGAACCUGAAGAACGGCUCUAUUAAAAAGGGCCAGCCCGUGGACUCAGCUAGCAUCUUGCUGAAGCAUUCAAAGAAUGACAGUCUAGCUGGAAGUAGACACAGGUAUGCGGAGCAGGAAAAUGGGAUUAAUCAGGGAAGUGCACAGAUGUUAGCUGAGAAUGGUGAACUGAAGUUUCCGGACAAAAUAGGAUUGCCUGCAGCACCUUUGCUCACCAAAACAGAACCCAGCAAGCCCCCGGCAACAAGGAAGAGAAGGUGGUCAGCCCCCGAAUCGCGGAAACUAGAGAAAUCAGAAGAGGAGCCACCUUUGACUCUUCCCAAGCCUUCUUUUAUUCCUCAGGAGGUUAAGAUUUGCAUUGAAGGUCGAUCCAAUGUAGGAAAGUAAAUGUUGUUUGGGGAAAGGAAAUUAGGCUAUCCCUUGUCAUUUUUAUCCAGAUUACUGUACUGUAGACUAAAUAACCCAGUAUUUACAUGUUAUCAUCUUAUUUUAGGUUUAUGUUAUAACCUUGUUGUUAUAGUUGCAGCUGGUAUUAUGCAGGAGACUGGUGCAUAUGUUUUUCCACAAGUGUUUGUCAGUGACUAGGUUUCCUGAGAGCUACAGAAGGGGCAGUAUCUGCUUCACACACCCUUAGUGGAAAUGAAUGUGUUGUCAUGGCUCCUGUUUUCUAACACCUUGUGUAGGACAGGGUCCAGCUGUGAUUCUGUUGGGGUUUUUUGUUGUUGUUGUUUUUUGUUUUUGGUUUUUGUUUUUUUUCCCUUGUUUUGGUUCCUGUUCCAGUUUUUUGGGGGGGAGGUGCGGAGAAGGGAACUGUAGCAGAGGCGUGUGUCACGCGUGGUGUGCGUGUCAUGUGUGCUGUGCAUGUGUCACGCGUGGUGUGCGUGCUCAGCCUGAGGCAGCCCUGCAGCAGUGGGGGCUCAUUGAGGAGGUUGUUCUCACCCCGGGUGAAUGUGGAGGACACAGCCCCACAGAUGUUACCAAAAAGGAUCAGAUGCUCUCUGACCUUGUCAACAAUAAGCCAACUCUUACUCAAGAUUCAUAGUAUAUAUAUGUACACAUAUAUGUGCAUGUAUAUAUAUAUAUGUAUAUAUAUAUAUUUGUGUGUGUGUGUGUAUCUGUACAUAUAUAUUUCCCCCAUGGGGUCCGACUGCACUGAUUUUUACUCGCGAAGCAACUGCCACACCAACAUUUCCUUCUGCUUGCUCGUGCAGUUCGUUGCCAGAGGCCAUGCACACACACACACACACACACACGGGGUGGCUGUUCUGCACCAUUCACCCUGCAGGGCUGCCUGGUGGCGUGGCUGUGUGUGAGUGUGCGCAGGUGUGUGUGGGUGCAGGGAGCCUCAGGCUGGGCGAUGUGCCCGGCUCAGGCUCGCUCCUGUUUCUGUGCAGUGUUAGACGCAUCGGUCAGGUUAUGCCAUGGACAUUUGCUUCCACGAGGGAGAUGCAUACUGCCCCUUUGAGAUCACAGGCACACGUCGUUUGCAGUUAGGUUGCAGAUCUCGGUCUUUAACUCUAUAGUACUGUUUUUGGUUCAUGAUUAUGGACAACCGGUGCCACUUUUUUCAAGUUUCAGUGUGACACAGGAACCCGAUGUUGAAGAGGAACGUAGAAUGUCUUUAAGCACUUAAAAUGCUGUUCACACUUUAUGGCUGAGCAUCCUGGUCUAACGCUCAGUGCGUACUGUAUCUCACUUUGAUCUGCUCGGAAGGCAGCAGCAGCAAACAAACGAAUCUCUUCAACACUGUAACUACACGCGACUCUGAAAAGUUUUCUCACAGGCAAGGCGCUGAAAGUUUCCAUGUGGUUUCAAAGGGAUGAAUGUGAAUUAUUGAACUAGUAUGUGACAGUCAUUGUCCACAAAGGACUACUUAAUAGGAGGCACUUUUUAAACUUUAAUGCUUGAGAAUGAGUUAAAGGCGUAUGCGAGCUGACAGAUAAUAAACAAAUAAGAGAGAGGAGAAAGGAAAGAGAAAAAAAAAAUCUUUGUCCAGUGUUUUUGAAAAAGAUGGACUUUAAAGAAUCUUGCAAUUUGCACAUCUUGAGUUUAUCAUUUGUGUGGUAUUCCUGCAGUUUUUACCUAAUAAUGUUGUGGGGUGGGGGGGAGGGUGUCUGAAAGAGCAUAAACAAAUGUAGCAAUGACUCACUAACCUGCCUGGCUCUAGGCCGUUUCAUAGGGUUUCGUUCCUUUCCCAGUCCAUUUUGGUCUCCGCCAUAUCUGCCACACAGAACCAGGUCCUACCGGGACAGCUCUGAGAAUUUGUCUUCAGACUUGCUGAGAGGUUUCCAUGAGAAACAUUUCUAUACGUAAGCAAGGCGUUUGUUUGUUGUUUUUUUUUAUAAAAAAAAAAACAAAACAAGCCGAAUGUUAUUUUUCCUCUUACGAUCUUUUGUUCUUUUCAUUGCCUCAUUUCCCAUUCGGACGACUAGAUUCAGGAGUUUGGUACAGAAGGAGCUGCUCAGCUCCCCGUUAGGGCUGCACAGCCAGCCGCUCACACGAGAUGCUUGGCGCCUGGGGCCAACGGAGGGAGGACCCCGCUGCUUCCUGCGGGGUCUGGCUUGGGCCCUGCAAGGUUGAGCAUUCACAUCAUUUCUUCAGUUGGUGAGUUCCCGCCUUCAGGUAGUUUUAAAGAAGCCGUACUGAUGGGGAGGAAAGGAAAUCAAAGUUCUGGAUAUUAGAAAUACAGUAUCUAAAGCAAACGAGCCUAUUUAAAAUCUCGUUUUCCCUCUCCCCUAAAAUGCAAUGCUUUUAUUUAAGAAAAGAAAGAUUAACCCCAAACCCCAGCUUUGACUCUGUUAUGUGUUACUUGAAAUUUAGCUCACACCAGAACUCAUUGUUUUUAUACCAUAUUCUGGGGUGCACCAAAAAGUUGAAAUAUGUUUAAAAUAGCUUGAAACUAUUCUUGAAUUUCCUUGAAUUUUAUUAACCUCUCAGCGGGCUACAAACAGCUGAGCGGGUUUCUUCUCACAGUCACGCAGCUUAGGUAGUGCUUCUUAGUAAUAUUUCUGCUCAGAGAAGUUGCUUAAUCUUCCAUAUACUCUGCUCAGGGCACUUGCAAUUUAUUGUUUCGUUUCGUUUCCUGUUUCGUUUUUGAGCUUCGAUGGUAAAGGAAUAGAAAGAAUCGCAGAUGUUACUUGGCAUCCGUACCACUAUUUCUGUCAUUCACACGUACUGGGAAAAAAUCUCCACGAGAACCACGCGCAUUCACGAUUGUGGUCGAUGAGGAAGCGGGGGCUAUUGAACUGACUGGAUCUAUUCAACUAACACUAAAAAAAAAAACCAGAAAACUAAUAAAAAAAAUGAAGUUUGGAGCAAUAGGAAUGUAUUAGCUCUGUGCUUGUGUUUCAGACUGAGGAAUUCUGAAAUAACUGGUUCUUUCCAAACAGCUGUCCCUUUCCGUGCUUUGGCUUUUGUAGGAUGUGCAAUACUUUACGUGCCAACGUAGACUCACCUGUGUGGUGUAAGCUAGAUCUCAUACCCUCUUCUGGUUUCCCCUUUCUGUUCUCUUGGAAUAGUUCCUUCCUUCCUUCCUUCUUUUCCUGCUAAUAACUCCCUCCCCCUAGAAAGCAGCGAAUCGAAGGCCGGGUGUCCCUGCAGCCAGGGCUCACCGACCCCUUUUGUGUUCAGUGUGCGUGGAGUGAAUCACGGGCCUGCCGCAGCCCCGUGUGUUUGAAAUGCAUGCCUCUGGCCUCCGCAGUGUAACGGGGAAAAAAAAAAAAGAUCCAGGAAGAAAAGCUGAACCCAAGCUCACCCCACAACCACCGAGAGAGGAGUUUGGGGGUUGUUAUUUUGGGGGGGGCGGGGAGGGGAGGGGAAAGGGGAUUUUGCGCACAUGAGACCCUGCUCCCAGCUGUGGGGUGCCUCUGGCUCCGGCCUCGCGCCCGCGGCACAGACUGCAGUGGUUGUCUUUUUCUUUGGGUCUCUUUUUUCUUUUCUUCUCCUCCUUUUUGUAGCAGGCCUGUUUAGUUUACAAUGAAAUGCAUACAAUCACCGAGAAAUUAGUCAGGGCAAAGAAAAUAAAACGAGAACCUCUUUAUAGGGAUUUCUAAAAAUAUCUAUCUGUCUAUCUAUCUAUCUAUCUAUCUAAUCUAUCUAUAUAUCUCUAUAUAUAAAACGACUGUUCCUUAUAGUGUUUAACUUAGGCAUUGUUUCAGUUUGUCUGGGCCACAUCGCGGGGAAUUUGAGUUUGAUGUCACUUACCUCAAGUCCUACAGCUGAAGCCCAAAUUGGCGUUGCUGUUGACCUGCUUCACAGUUUUGUAUGUCGCUGUUGGGAUGCUUCCCCCGACGAACCCGACGUCGGGACGGGGACGCUCCUCUGACUCCUUCAGGUCCCUCGUCCCGCUGUCGCGUUCUUCGGCCGCUGUUUGUCAUUUUCUCAGCGCUGGGGAAGUGACAUCACUGCUCUCGUUUCCCUCAAUCAAGGAACAUUUAGAAAUUUUUCACACCUUUUACUCAGGGAUGGGGCUGGCAUAUGUGUGGUACACUGAUGUGACCAGAAGCAGCACUUUUACUGCUCUGGAGUAGGGACGUACAACGUCACCGACGAGUUUGGAUUUCCCGCAUCUCAUGACUUUGACUUUGUAGAUAUCGCAAUACAAAAGCAGCAGGCUCAGCGCGAACUGUCGCUGUUGGUUAUCAUGAAAAUUCACUCCGUGCAGAGAUUUGUUUCACUUUAAGCGUGUUGCCAAUAUUAAAACAGCUAAAAACAAAAGCGAGGAGAGCGGAUCCUCUCCGUUUUAAACACUAAUAGUGUUACUUCAGAGAGGGGCUCUUGGCGCAGCGCCUGGGCCCUGGCCCUGCUGGCACUCGGACACACACUGACGGAGAGGUCAGCCCAGGGGCUCCAUGCGGUGAAAUGGGACAUGCACUCGGACAGCUGGUUUACUUCUCUUCCCUCCCCAUCACCGCAGGUACCAGCAGAGCCUGCUCAGCGCUCUCUGGCCGGUGCUGAUGUGAGAGCAGAGGGGUAAACAUCUCCAGAGUGCAGUCAGCCAUUUCCUUUCCUGGUUUACCCGCCUGGCCCCUCCGAAGUCCCAAAAAUACACAGAAAAAUGAGGAUCGGUCAGUGCAGAUCUGCAUACGUGUACCCACAGCCAGACAGAAGCGUUGGUUUGCACAUGAAUCAAUCCGUGUGAAUUCCAUAAGCCUACACGUCCACUUGUUUUCCUGUCCCAAGGACAGUUUGGUGUUUGUGUCAAUAGGGAAAUUCCAAACGAGUUGCACAUCUCUACUCCAGAGUACAAUUUCUUUUACAUAGACGACCUCGCUUCAGAUGUGUUACCUUUACUGAUAGGAUCUUUUCUUGUAGCACUAUAUCUUGUGGGAAUAUUUUUUGAUGUAAACCUAAUUUGAGAAGCUUAUUAAAAAUAGAAACUUUUUUUGAAGCACUCACAUUGAGGAGUACAGGUAAUGUUUUAAAAAUUGCACAAAAGAAAAAUGAAUGUUGGAAUGAUUCAUUCAGUGUUUGAAAAAGAGAUGGCUCUGUUUGAACAGUGAGUUUCAUACCUUGUUUGUAAAAAAAAAAAAAAAAAAAGUUUUUAAAUACAAAAGCAGAGAAAGGUUGAAAGUUACAUGUUUUUUGUAUAUAGAAAUUGUCAUGUCUAGAUGAUCUGAUUUGUAUUGGCUUUGGCCAGGAAGAAUUAUUACUUAAAAGGCUCUUAAAGAACAACUGUGCUUAAUUUUCUGUUCGUACUACAUGGGUCCCGUUUCUGGGGAGCGGAGUCGUGCUUCACACUGUUUAUUCCUGUGCUGAAAACACACCUUGGAGCAGCAGUUCUCGAGUGCGGCUGCCGGGCACUUCGGAGGGUGGCUCUGCUGUGGGAUUUGGCUCGCGGUCCCUCCUGCCUGCACCGAGGGACAGGGCUGGUUUGGGGGAGGCCUGGCGAUGCCCUCGGGAUCUCGCCCGAAGCCUCUCGCUCCCGUUUUUUCCUCUCUCUGGGAUGCUGUUCCACUUCUUUUCAGCACUUCCUGUUCCAGACGAAACCCAAAGAGUAUAAUCCUGAGCAAGAAGUGUUUAUAACAAGGGAUCCUAGCCCAGUACCAGCAGCAGGGCUGUGCCCGAGGCCACGUGGCCUUCGGGCCCCUUCCACUGCCCCCUCUCCCCGCUGCCGGGAGCAGACACACCAGACAGGUUUCCAGUGAUGAUCUCGGUUGCUUAAGAGACCGGUGUUUGUUUUCCAGAAGCCCAAAGGAGAGAAUCCUGGAGCCAUUUUUGAGGAGAGGGUCUCUUUCUAGUCCAAAGAUCGAGCUGGGCAGCUGGCGGCCGGCGGUGGGGCGGCGUCCCAGAGCGCCCCCAUCCCCUGCAAUGCGGUGACCGCUGUGCCCAGGUGUCCCCGAACCAGGAGGAACGGCCCCAGUUGCGUUACAAUGAAGUGCAUUCAGCCAAUAGGUAGUAUUUAUACAAUAACAGUCUCUAAGGUUUCUGUAGUUUUGUUUUUUUUUCUUGUCGUUAUCUGAAAGGACUCAAGUCUUCCACUGAGGAUUUUACGGAGGCUUCACCAAGGUUGUUUUUUUUUUCGUUUGCUUCUGUUUCAAGCGGUCAAAGCUCCUGCACCCUUCCCCUCGCCCAUGCAGUAGGCAUGCAUUGGAAGCGCUGUGUGCAGCAGGCGUUAAGUCACGCGUUGAGCUGUCGUUGCUGUACUGCUGGAUUGCUGACAUGCAAAAACCCCAGGGCCGGACCCACGGCCUCGCGAUGUCAGCCGAGGCGGGGAUCCCCCGGGGCUUUGCUGUAAGAGCCGAGGACCCAUUGCUCUCCCUACAAAAGCGGUCUGCAGAACUGUCUGAGCCGGCGGGUGGGUCUGGGAGCUGAGUGUGAGCAUGGGCUGAGGGCAGCUGCAGGUGGCUACAUUGGCAUCUCUGCCUGGCCAUUGGGCCGGCCUCUUCGCAAAGUUACUAAUCUGUUAGGGCGUACAUACAACCUCUCACGACAGUCAGCUAAUGUUGAAACUCACUAAUGUUAUCUAUUUGCUCUUUUUUUUGUUUUUUUUUUGAAUAAUAUAUUAACUUGUUGAACACUGUUCUUUUUGCAGUGUUAAAAAGAGGGGGGUGGGGGCAGGGUUACAGGCAGGGGUUUCCCAACCUUUUUCAGUUCGGGUGAGCUACUGAAAACCGUUUUGUACUAGCUAUGUCACCGUGCUGGCAGCCGGGGGGCUGGGGCCGGCUGCAAAGGCGCUCGGCCAGGGGCCUUGCCGGGUGAGGGUCUGCCAUUCUUCAGCAUUUCUGAGGUCCUUUAUUUUUGUUCGUUUGGUUUUUUUCUUCUCAUUUGGUAUUACUCAUGAGGGUUGUUGCAAAUCACACUUCCAGCGUAGUUCCUAGCGUAGGCCCAGUAAAAGGGACAUCGCAGCUUUGUGGUGGGGAGAAAUCGAGCUGACAUGGCCAGUACAAAGGAGAAAUAGGGAGGGAAUAACGUUUUGCACCUUAUUGAAAAGAGGAGAAGAUUUUAAGUGCAUACAGACAUAGUUAAGAGCUUUUAUUGUGACAGGAGAACUUUUUUCCAUAUGCGUGCAUACUCUCUGUAAUUCCAGUGUAAAAUAUUGUACUUGCACUAGCUUUUUUAAAACAAAUAUUAAAAAAAAAAAUGGAAGAAUUCAUAUUCUAUUUUCUAAUGGUGGUGUGUCUAUUUGUAGGAUACACUCGCGUCUGUUUAUUGAAUUUUAUGGUCCCUUUCUUUGAUGGUGCUUGCAGGUUUUCUAGGUAGAAAUUAUUUCAUUAUUAUAAUAAAACAAUGUUUGAUUCAAAAUUUGAACAAAAUUGUUUUAAAUAAAUUGUCUGUAUACCAGUACAAGUUUAUUGUUUCAGUAUACUCGUACUAAUAAAAUAACAGUGCCAAUUGCAAA